UGCACACUCACUGGGAAACUUCGUGGUUUUGGCGCCAUUAAUUUAUAGAUACGUUACUGGCUGUACUGGCUGCCAGAUGUCGUUGCCAACUGUUUUGUUAAAUUUGCGUUCAAACAAUGUUCUAGAAUGGCGGAUUAUAUCCUAGAGAACUCCGAAGAUAAACCGGUUCUAGUGUCAGAACCUACUGAAAUAAUGGACGAGCUUUCUGAGGAUGUUUUGCCAAUCGGCGCUGAUGAAACAACCAUCGUUUCACGUCCUGCAUUCAAAGUGACAGAUAUAUCGGAAGACGUACAGGCUGAAGCUAAUGAGUGUAGAAGUUUAUCAGAUGCUGGUGAAGCAAAAUCUCAUGAGCUGUCUUCUGUCUUAUUAAAUGCUGGUAAAACUACAGAACGGGAAGGCAACUGCUAUUGUGGAAAGGAUCGCAACAUGAAUAUAGUUGAACUGUUCUGUGCAACCUGUCUCCGUUGGUUUCAUGAAUCUUGUAUCAGUUACCAGCUGGGAAAACUAGUUCCCUUUAUGAUGAACUAUGUUUUUCUGUGCAAAAACUGUUCACCCACAGGAUUGGAAAGCUUCAAGAAAAACCAGGCUCAGUUUACACAGAUGUGCAUUACAACAAUAGCUAACUUGAUGCAAAAUAGUACAAAAGAAGGAACUUCACGGCAGUACUUUUCCAGAGACCGUGAAAUUGUGCCAUACAUUGACUCACAUUGGGAAUAUCUGACCACAAUGCCAAGAAGAGUCACCCAAUCCUGGCACUCAACAAUACAAAAGACCUUGAUGAAGGAAAAAGGUUUGAUAUUUGUUUGUCAAGAACCUGUGCCCGAAACAAUGGCAAGCGAUUGCAUGUUCGGUCUGUUGUCCUUGGAACUUGUAAAUAUCAGACCCAACUAUGAGGCGAUGGUUAGAGCAGGGCAUCUCAAACAAACCGACACGACUGGUGGCAAUAGUAAAAUAGCUAGACAUUUGACGUGUAUCUCACUCGACGUUUAUUUGACAUCUAUGAUUUUGUUUUUGAGUGUAGCCGGGAUUCGUGGUCGCGGCUAUAAACGUCGUGUACCCGAACAGUUUGGCGGAAAUCAGCGCAAAACUCGGAAUGAUCUUGGAACUCCUAAACUACCUGCUCAUGGUUAUCCUCUCGAUCAUCCGUUUAACAAGGAUGGUUAUCGGUACAUUUUAGCAGAACCCGAUCCGCAUGCUCCAUUUAGGCAAGAGUUUGAUGAGAGCAGUGAUUGGGCAGGGAAACCUAUUCCAGGCUGGUUGUACCGCAAAUUAAAUCCUUCCCAGGUUCUCCUGACUUUACAUGAUCGAGCACCUCAGAUCAAAGUUACAGAAGAUAGAAUGGCUGCCACGGGAGAAAAAGGAUAUUGUACCAUUCGCGCCACACAUUAUGUCAAUCGUGGGACAUGGUAUUGGGAGUGUACUAUCGAAGAAAUGCCUGAAUCGGCUGCUACUCGAAUCGGCUUUGCUCAAGCAUAUGGUAAUCUUCAAGCCCCAUUAGGAUAUGAUAAAUUUGGCUAUUCGUGGAGAUCCAGGAAAGGAACGGUAUUUCACGAAUCAAUGGGCAAGCACUUUUCGCAAGGGUACUGCGAAGGAGAUACAUUAGGCAUUCUUAUUGAAUUACCAGAUAUUCCAUCAGGCAACUAUAUUCCUCCAACUUACAAAGACAAGCCGUUGGUGAAAUUCAAGAGUCAUCUGUAUUAUGAGGACCGCGAUGAAGUGCAGGAAGAACUUCGUAACUUGAAGCCACUGAAGGGCGCCAAGAUUGAUUUCUACAAGAAUGGGAUUCAUCAAGGAACCGGUUUCCAGGAUAUUUACGCAGGGAAUUAUUUUCCGGCCCUAUCACUGUUCAAAAAUGUAACAGUCUCCGUUAACUUUGGGCCCAAUUUCAAGUUCGCCCCCAAAGAUGUUGCGUUCCGAGGCAUGCACGAGAGAGCAGAGGAGUCCAUCGCGGAGCAGGCAAUGGCCGAUAUGCUCUACCUAACUGAAAACGAAGGCCGUCUUCGUCUAGAUAACUUUGGUAUGUAAUUUCAAAACGGAAAUUUGUGCAACCAUGUUAUACGGCAAAGUAGUACUGAGGUUUCGAAACCUCGUGUCUGCUUAUUGUCUCCAUUUAUGUGUUCAUUGCAUUUCAAAGGGGUACCAUUUUGAUAUCCAGAAUAGACUAUCAUUUUUACCAUGGA